CAACAGAAACAAGUCAUGUGAGUGCCUUUCUUUACAUAAUGGGACAUCGUUGGACUACAGAGGGGUUUUAAGGGCUAUGCCAGCGCCGUUUGCAUCACUUCAUCAACUUUAGUUCUUUCUGAAAGAACUAAAAAUGACCUCUUUGAUUCUGAGGAGUUUGUUACUAGUUGCAGUGGUUGCAAUCUCGUCCGGAAAUGGAGUGCGGUAUACGGCCAAUUGGACAAGUAUCGACUCCCGGCCGUUACCGGUGUGGUACGACGAGUCGAAGAUCGGUAUUUUCGUUCACUGGGGGGUAUUCUCCGUGCCCGGGUACGGCCAGUUCAGUGAGUGGUUCUGGCAGUCGUGGAGAGACGCACAUCGAGCAGACGAGGUUGAGUUUAUGAAGAAAAACUACCCUGUGGGUUUUACAUACGCAGAUUUUGCGCACGAUUUUAAAGCGCAGUUAUUCGACCCUGAUGAGUGGGCUGAAAUAUUUGAAGCUUCUGGAGCUAAGUAUGUGGUGUUCACAUCCAAGCAUCACGAGGGCUUCUGUAACUGGCCGUCUGCAGACUCGUGGAACUGGAACUCUGUGGACACUGGACCACACAGAGACCUGGUGGGGGACCUGGCAGCUGCCGUACGCAAGAGGAAGGGACUGCACUUUGGCCUGUACCACUCCCUGUAUGAGUGGUUCCAUCCACUCUACCUGAAGGACAAGGCUUCCGGGUACAAGACCCAGGAGUUUGUCUUCCGGAAGGCUCUUCCUGAGCUGGUUAACCUGGUGAUGACCUACAAGCCAGAACUGAUCUGGUCCGAUGGGGAUUGGGAAGCUCCUGACACCUACUGGAACUCGACAGAAUUCCUGGCCUGGCUCUACAACGACAGUCCUGUCAAGGACUUUGUGGUGGUCAAUGACAGAUGGGGGAAUGGUUGUUACUGUAAACAUGGAGGUUACUACAACUGUGCCGACAGGUUCACGCCAGGCUCUCUGCCUAACCACAAGUGGGAGAAGUGCCAGUCCAUCGACAACUAUUCCUGGGGUUACCGAAGAAACAUGAAGCUCAUCGAGCUGAUGGACUUGCCCACCAUCAUAACGGACAUGGUGUACGUGGUGGCCCUGGGUGGUAACUACCUGCUGAACAUAGGCCCCAUGGAGGACGGUAUGAUCUCCCCUCUCUUUGAGGAGAGGCUGAGGGGCAUGGGGGCCUGGCUGGGGGUCAACGGAGAGGCCAUCUACUCCUCCAAACCCUGGAGGGUCCAAGGGGAGAACACCACCGUGCCAGUCUGGUACACCUCGAAGAACAACACAGUCUAUGCCAUACUACUGGAAUGGCCUUCCAAACUGCUGUUUGACCUCUCAGCACCCAAAACCUCUGCGGACACUAAUGUCACUAUACUGGACGACCCGUCCGUACCUCUGAAGUGGGUCUCAACGGCGCCAACCGGACUGGUGGUACUCAUGCCUGACAUCAUGCCAGUUUCCCCGGGGCGAGGCUGGGUUCUGAAACUAGAGGGAGUGGUGUGAGAGGCGGUGUAUAUACAUGCUUUUGAAUUAUUAUACAUUAAGAUAGUAUGACUGUUCAUGGUUAAAUUGUAAGUUUCAGGGGUUGAAAUGUUAUUUUUUUUAGGAUUCUGACACUGGUUGAUUUUGUGUGAGUCAGCUAAAGACUAGCUACCUUGACUGUGCAAUAGAUGGCAACUCUGCAGCAUCCCUAUCAACAAUGGCCUCCUUUAAAAAAUAUAUAUAUAGAUAAGAAAAACAAACCAAACAUUUGGUUAUAUCAGCUUCUGAAGGAGACUCAUUAUGUUCUGCAGUAAGGACCAAAUAUUGGAUGUUCAAAAAUGACCAAACAUAGUGAUUUGUUUUUCUGGGUUUGGUAGAAAUGUUUAUUUCAACAGGGUGUAGAAAGGGAACGUUCCACUUUUCACGACAAUCUGUGUGUCUGCUUCUUGUGCGGACAAUCUGUGUGUCUGCUUCUUGUGCGGACAAUCUGUGUGUCGGCUUCUUGUGCGGACAAUCUGUGUGUCGGCUUCUUGUGCGGACAAUCUGUGUGUCGGCUUCUUGUGCGGACAAUCUGUGUGUCGGCUUCUUGUGCGGACAAUCUGUGUGUCGGCUUCUUGUGCGGACAAUCUGUGUGUCGGCUUCUUGUGCGGACAAUCUGUGUGUCGGCUUCUUGUGCGGACAAUCUGUGUGUCGGCUUCUUGUGCGGACAAUCUGUGUGUCGGCUUCUUGUGCGGACAAUCUGUGUGUCUGCUUCUUGUGCGGACAAUCUGUGUGUCGGCUUCUUGUGCGGACAAUCUGUGUGUCGGCUUCUUGUGCGGACAAUCUGUGUGUCUGCUUCUUGUGCGGACAAUCUGUGUGUCGGCUUCUUGUGCGGACAAUCUGUGUGUCGGCUUCUUGUGCGAACAAUCUGUGUGUCUGCUUCUUGUGCGGACAAUCUGUGUGUCGGCUUCUUGUGCGGACAAUCUGUGUGUCGGCUUCUUGUGCGGACAAUCUGUGUGUCGGCUUCUUGUGCGGACAAUCUGUGUGUCGGCUUCUUGUGCGGACAAUCUGUGUGUCGGCUUCUUGUGCGGACAAUCUGUGUGUCGGCUUCUUGUGCCUUUUUUUUGGUGUGUGUGUGUGGACAAUCUGCAUUUCGUGUUAAACUGACAUGACAAUGCCAUUUUGUCAUUUUUUUUAUAGGUUAUGUGAAUGAAUGUAAAUGUUUUUAAUUGUUUUGAAUUACCAGUAUGUCGCAAAUUUUCUCCUUGUAGCUACAAUUUUAUUUUAACUCUAUAAAAAUGAAGCCCUUAUCUGAUUUUUUUUUUUACCACAAUAAAAAGGUAGAUCAACA